GUCGCCGCCCUGCAGCCUCGCUCGGGCAGCGGCGCGGGGGCUUGUGCGGCGCGGGAGCCCGGCACGGAGGACUUCAGUGCGCGGCGUUAACACGCUCUGCCUAUUGUUUGUGUUUUUUUCCAAAAUAUGGCAAAGGUUCAGGUGAACAAUGUAGUGGUGUUGGAUAAUCCUUCUCCUUUCUACAAUCCUUUCCAGUUCGAAAUCACAUUCGAGUGCAUAGAGGACCUGUCUGAAGAUUUGGAAUGGAAAAUAAUUUAUGUGGGUUCAGCUGAAAGUGAAGAGUAUGAUCAGGUGUUAGACUCUGUUUUAGUUGGACCUGUUCCAGCGGGCAGACACAUGUUUGUAUUUCAGGCUGAUGCACCUAACCCAGGGCUUAUUCCAGAUGCAGAUGCAGUAGGUGUAACAGUUGUGCUAAUUACAUGCACUUACCGAGGUCAAGAAUUUAUUAGAGUCGGCUACUAUGUAAACAAUGAAUAUACUGAAACAGAACUGAGAGAGAAUCCACCAGUAAAGCCAGAUUUUUCUAAGCUUCAAAGGAAUAUUUUGGCAUCUAAUCCCAGAGUCACAAGAUUCCACAUUAAUUGGGAGGACAACACUGAAAAACUGGAAGAUGCAGAGAGCAGUAACCCAAAUCUACAGUCCUUGCUUUCCACAGAUGCAUUACCUUCAGCAUCAAAGGGGUGGUCAACAUCAGAAAAUUCACUAAAUGUUAUGUUAGAAUCUCAUAUGGACUGCAUGUGACUAACCACCAUCCUUUUGGUACUGUAUAUGUGUUAAACUGUAAAAACUACCAGAGCUAUUUCCCUCAAAUUCCAUAAGUACAUAGUUGAAGCAAUGUGAAGAACUUGUUUUAAAACAUCCUGUAGAAAGUUUAUAAAAAAAAAAAAAACCCAACAAACAAACAGUAUUUGAGCAGAUUGCGAAAUAUAAAUACAACUAUUUUUAAGUAAUUGCCUUUUUUUUCUAAUGUGUUAUUCUAUGUGGUCUAAACCAAACCUGAUUAAAGUGUAUGUAUUCUCUCCCCUCCCCCCUUACUUUGUAAGCACUAUUAAAAGCUAAAAAAAGUUUAAAAGUUAAAACAUUCAGGCAAAAUGAAGGAAUAAUGCCAUGUCCUCAUCUCUGCUAUCCAGAUUGCCAAAUAUAAAGUGCCCUUUAAUAGCACCUUAAGAACAAAACUGUCAUUAGAUGAAGUGCAAAGAAAGUAUCUCUUAAUAACAAACAAGUCCAAAAAUGUCCUUUUGCUCUGAAAGCAGAAAGCACAGUAUAAUUUUAGGUGCAAGCUUCUUUUCCUUUCAAGGCACAUACUUGUUACUUAAAGCCUGCAAUUUGAGAUUUACCAUCUGCUAUCUUGGAUUUUAGGACUUUUUUUUUUAAUCCCCUCCUUCUGCUGUUUAGUUUAACUGUGAUUUUGUUCAGGACAGUGUUUUAUGUGGAUUGGGGUGGGUACCUCAGGAAAGAACCCUUUUUCAGCCCCCCUAAAGUGGUUGGAAGGAUGCAAGCAAUUACUAGAAGAUUCUAAGCUUCAAAAGCAAUAGUGUGAAUAUCCCAAAUAUGCUCUUGUACAAGAUUAUUAUGGAUCACUACUGGUUAGUAUGUUUGCUUUAUUGUAGUCUUUUUCAGUAGUAGUAAAGAGUUUAGGGUGUUAUUUCUUUUUUUUUUU